UGGGCUUCUGUCUGUGGAAGUGAACCUCCGUGGAUGUGGUCCGUCUGUGACCAGCGGAAGCCCGGGACUGUCCAGGGAAGUGGGGUUUAGACUGUGGGGUAAACAUGCGCUCCUUACUGAGGCCCAGUGUGGCUCAGACUAGGACUAAAUAACCCAGAGGAAUAAAAAAAAAAAAAAAAACACCUGGAGGACAGAAGAAGACAGAAGAAGACAGAGGAAUGCUGACCACAGACAACUCCAGCCCAUAUGAGCAGUUCAUUGGUGAUGAUGAGGAGGAGGAAGUUGAAGCAUCGACUCCAGGCUUUUUCGAUGACGCCACCAAAGACCUGGAGCCAGAUGAGCCGAACGGCAGCAUCUCACCAGAGGAUGAGGUCCAGGUCAGCCCAUCCAGGAAGUUCAGUAAAACCUGCCUGAAGAACGUCUUCACGGGGGUUCUGGUCCUCAUCUACGUGCUGCUGACCACAGUGGCGGCGUUCCUGGCGUACCAGACCAUCUCCGACUUCCUGGAGAAACUCAACAACCCUGUGAUGUCUGUCACAUACAAAGAGGUCGACUCGUUCGCCCCCCCCGGUAUCGCUCUGUUUCCCGGUAAAGCUCGGUUGUUGAGCUGCAUGCAUCACUACCACGACUACAUCCCACCGUUAGUGGACCCUGGGAAACCCCAGGAGAGCAACUGCAUGAUUCAGGAAGUGACCUACUAUGAGCCUUUCAAAAAUUCAACACAGAAAAACGCCCUGGUGAUCCGUGGUCCGUCCGACGUCAGAAACAAAGAGGUGAUCUUCAUGCAGUUCAGUCAUAAUGAGACAGAGGAGGACUUCAGCGCCAUCACUUACAUGCUUUUUGCUAAAUAUAGUGACUUGACUGACAGUGUAAAUACGUCUGAGUUCAUGAGGGACUGUGAGAGGAAUUACUCCACAUGGACCUUCUCUGGAGGAUUCAGAACCUGGGUCAAGAUGUCUCUGGUGAAGACGUCUGGGAAAAGCAACGACGGGGUCGAGUUUCGGCAGGAGUCGGCGGUGGUGAAAUUCAACGACCGAAGGCCUGAACCAGAGCAGAGGAACCAGCUGUUCUUCGUGGUCUUCGAGUGGAGGGAUCCAUUCAUGCAGGAGAUCAGACUGAUCGUGACCGCCAACCCCUGGAACUCCGGCGUCAUCCUCUGCGGCGUCUUCAUGGCGUUAUUUAAAGCCGCUAAUUUUGCCAAACUUACAAUUCAGUGGAUAAUUAAGAUCCGUAAGAGGCAUCUGAGGAAGAAAGCAAAGGAACUGAACCAAAUAAGCUAAAGAAUCAUCACACACUGGGGCCACACAUCCACAAUGAAUCACAUCGUGUUUGUUUUUAAGGUCAUUUUGUUCAUUUUAGAAUCAUUACUUCAGUAAAAUGAUCCACCUCAUAGUUUUUUUUCUCAUAUUUUAAUAGUGAUAUAUUCUGACUGUGAACUCAAUUAUUUCCUCAAAAGGUCAGUUAGUGCAAGAUUAAAUGAUUUUUUAACAAGUCGUAUAUUUUAUUCAUAUCAUCCCAAACAUACCUGACACUUAUAUUUAUUAUGCACAUAAAAGAAAAUGUCAAAAUGUGAUAUAACACAUGACUUUUUUUUCCAUAAUGUUGCUGAAUUUUUCCAUCAGUUCUCAUGUUGAUAUUAUUAAUUUAAUGGGAAUACUGGAGAAUUUUAAUGUUUUGUUUUAUUUUUUAUGUGUCCUAAUAUUCACAUCACAUGGAUAUUAAACUACUGUUUACUGAUCUGCUGUUCGUUUCUGUGUUUUAACCUGAAUCUGGUCUGACCAAACCUGUGUCCAAGUCCUAAAGCUUUUUAUUUGAUUGUAAUGUAUGUGUAAUGCAUUCUAAAGUAUAUUUGUGUUUUUCCUGUUAUAAUUUACUUGAAUUAAUAUCUGUAUUGUGUUGAUAACUGGAGUCUUAUUGCAUUUCAUGUUUAAAUAAAAUAAAUAAAAACUGCGAUAAAUUCCA